AUGAAGUCGGCCAAAACAUCCUCGGCGGAUACCCCGUCGAGCAGGAGGUCCCAGCCUGUUCGACAGACUCGCACCAACCCUCCGCGCGUCUCUUCUGGUCUUCGUGGAUCGGCGAGUGGUCGGGACCCUCUCACCGGUGGUUCUGCCUCUGACCAACCCAUCGACAUUUUUCCUGCGAUAACAUACUUUUCCGACGCCAUUGCCGCCCUACCGAAGGAGCUCGUCCGACACUUUACUCUUCUUAAGGAGGUCGAUGCCAAAAUCUUCGCCCCCGAAGAUGCCCUCUUCCAGCUCGUCGACGCUGCCAUGAACGCGCCCCCUCCGCAACCCCGACUGUUGAACGACGCAUCUAGCAGUGUCGCGCCGGCCUCAGCUCCGAUGAGCGCCCAAAACAGCUCCAGCGGAGUGCCUGUUGGUGCCAUUGCACCACCUCCUGCCCCAUCCACAGACGGCUCCUACGCGACGUCCAUCUACGAUCCUAGCAACCUGCCGCGCCGACAGCUGUUCCGACAGACAGCCAUCAAGAUCCAAGAGAUGCUUGGCUCUCUGGAAGAGAAGAACCAUGUCAUCUCAACCGCGAACGACGCCCUUCAAAAGCAACUGGCCCGCAUCGACGACGUCUGGCCGCACGUCGAGACCGAGUUCAGCGACGAGGCAAAAUGGGGGAGCAACACACACUGGGCAUACCCUGAGAACAGAGCUGUUAGCAAGGCCGCACAUGCCGAACGCUCACGGCGCGAAGGCGCCGCCGCCAUCUCUGCUGCUGCACAACAGCUUGCCGAGGAGGCUGCCGCCCGGAGCGACGCACGGAAGCAGGCGGUCCAGGCGAAGAAGAAUCAAAAGACGCAGCACCAAGAUACUGAAAAUGACGAUGCCGAAAGUCGACCAAAGGUCGAAUCUGGUAAAAAGGGGCAUGGAGGCGGUAAGGUACGCAAGGCGGCCGAGGCUGCUGCUAACGUGGGUUUGGGUAUCUCGACAAACGGAGCGACAAACGGCACCGCCCCACAACCCAAGCGACGCAAAGUCGAGAAGACUCCCAGCGGAAACAAUGUCCCUGGCGCUAUGAGCACUGUUUUCGGAAACAAUGCAUCUAAGACGAAGACUACGAGUCCCAGAGAAACCCCAGCUCCAGAGGGCCAGGGGCCGAAGAAGCGGAAAGCUCUCCCAUCCGGCACCGGCCAGGCCAAGAAGACAAAAAACGGCGUCGCCGCUAUGUCACCGUCCGUCGCGUCCUCUCCGGUCCUAAGCACCUUCCCCGAACCCCCAUUACCUCGAGGCUCUCCCGUUCCGACUGCGAUACCUGUGCCCUCAGUGCCAAAGCCACCGACCGCUUCAAGAGCCAAGCAGAGUACUACAACGCCGGCGGCAGCGGAAGGUGCGAAGCAGUCGCGGCCGCCAUCAUCUGCGUCGACCAAGCCCAACGGAGCUCCACCGCCCACUCCCGAGGUGUUGCCUCUGGCAAACACGCCAAAGCCCACCACGGAGCCCAAGCCCGCUACCAAAGAGCCUUCCGCACCACCUGUGCCGGAAGUCACAAAGAAGGAGCCUGAACCGACUGAGACGGCUAUCAAGCCCAGCAUCCCUGCGGCGAAACAGAAGAAAGAUACACCCAAGCCGGAGGAGCCGCAGACACCGGUCGAGCCCCCACCAGUACCCCAGACAAUCACUGCCGCGACGGUGACAAAGAGCGGUCGGGCCAGCAAACCAUCAACGCCUGCGAUGGCCACGUUCCAGGAAGCUGCGCGACCGAAGUCGGCUCGUAACACGGAUAGCACUACAAGCAAACGGAAGAAGAGCAAUGCGGUAACAUCAGCAAAGGCUCCCAAGCCGGCAGAAGACGCGGACGACAGUGAGGAUGCCGAAGAAGCAGAAAUCCGAGCCAAACGCAACUACGAUUACACGGAAGACGAGCCGACGUAUUGUUACUGUACAAGCGUAAGCUACGGCGAGAUGGUAGCUUGCGACGCCAACAACUGCGAGAGGGAGUGGUUCCACCUCAACUGCGUUGGUCUCAAGGUGGCACCCAAGGGAAGCUCGAAAUGGUACUGCGAAGAAUGUGUUCAGCGGUUUGCAAAGCAAGGCAAGAAGCUGAGCCAUAAGUACAACCUGCUUCCCGAUGCCAUGAACGUGCGGAAGCAGCGGAGUUCACAGUAUUGA